AGAAUAAGAUGUAGGAAAAAUAAGACCAUUUCUUUCUUUCCUUGUCCUGAAUCUUAAUUGAGAUAUACGGGCUAAAAAUAUCGAAUCAAGAUUAGAUCGUUAAUCUAUUCGGUUAGGUUUUCGCUUAAGGAAGAGGAGAAGAAAUUGGGGGAUUUUCUUCCUGGUCGGUCAAUUGCGGGGAGGGGAAGAGGGAGCUCUGGAUUCUACCUUUCUCCGUCCUCGGCGACGGUUCAUAUGCCGUUUGGCUCUCAAGUACCCUUCUCCCACUUUUCCCUCCUCCUGAUGUCUUAUCUGCUGUUUCUCUCGCGAUCUGUUCACGUUUCGAUGACUGCCGCCGAUUUGAUUUCCGGCCGCUUCCGGUCUCUGGGUUCGGAGUCCGAUUGCGGUUUGGAUCGGAUCUGAUCGUAAAAGGUCGGAUUGUUGGUUUCUUUGAUUUUGGGGUUGAUGUUGCGGUGGAGUGUUCUAGAUUUAGGUUUAGGAUUUCUGCUCGAUCUGUUGUUCAUAUGAUCUGGUGUUUGAUUUUUCUUUUGGAUGCCUGAAUUAAGCUGAUCCUGAUCGAUGAUUUGUCGAUUCGUGGAUGCGCUGUUUUACCGUUUUCCUCUAUAUAGAUUCUGUAGUUCUGCCGCUCUGUUGAGAUUAGGUCUUCUGAAUUUGAUUUGUGAUGGUUUUGAUUGAAUUUAGAAAAGUCGAGAUUUUUAAUGCUGUCCCCGCGAAACGGCCUUAAACGCAUAUGAUGGACGAGAUCUCAGUGUUUAUGUCCAUCACACAAUUCUUUAGCAGGAUAUCUUUGCGCAACCCCGUCUGGGGUAUCUGUUGAAAGAGUGCCGAUCUCUUGUAAUUUUUUGAACCGAACUUUCAGACGCCUAACGAAGAGCAGAAAAGGACUACAGCGCUGAAACGAAAAUAUCCAAACAGGUUUCGUAACAAUCUAAAAACCAGAGAGUAAAUCUAUCAAACAAAUAUAUACAAAAACGAUGCGACGAAUGACCCGACCGUCGUCAUGGGUGUUUCUGGGAAACCUGCUGAACUCCUUGAGAUUAAGCCGGUAUUGCAUGAUGAAAUUCCAGUUGUCAGAAGAUUCACUGGGGGAGGGACUGUUAUUGUUGAUCAAGGGACCAUCUUCGUCACUUUCAUAUGCAACCAGGAUGCGGUUCCUGGGCUGCAGCCUUAUCCUCGACCAAUCAUGUCGUGGAGCAGCCUAAUAUAUGACCAGGUGUUCCGAGGAAUUGGUGAUUUCCGUCUUCGUGAGAAUGAUUAUGUGUUUGGUGACCGCAAGUUUGGGGGGAAUGCUCAAUCCAUCACGAAACGCAGGUGGCUUCACCACACCUCUUUUUUGUGGGAUUACGAGGUUAGGAACAUGUCUUAUCUGAAACUUCCUAAGCGAGCUCCUGAAUAUCGACUGGCUAGGCAACAUUCAGAAUUCAUAUGGUGUUUGAAGGACUACCUGUCAAGAUUGACAUUCAUUGAGAGAACAGUAAAUGCAUUGGGAACCCAUUUUUCGCUGAAAUCUGUAGAUUCAGAAGCAAAUCGAGAUUCCUCGGCUGUAAAGUUUGUUCCUUCGACGAGGCUACUCACUCGACAAGAGCUGGAAGAAGCAAUGAGUGCAGCAGAUUCCAAGAACUCCCUUGCCGAAUCCAUCUCUCCAUAUUGACCUUCUCCGAUUCGAAGAUUUCUGGACUGUGUCCAUGAUUGUGUGACUUUUUGCUCUAUGGUGUUGCUGGGGAUGGAUUAAUGGUAACAGACACGGAGACAAGGAGUACCCAUAGACAGCAAAAGUACCAGCCUCCAGGAAGGAAUGACCCAACAACUAUAAACAAGGGCUGGGUAGCUGGGCGAGGAGUUGCAGAAGUGGCUGACAGGUUCGUGAACAUGAAUGUUGGUGGUGCCUGCAGGGAGCUGCACCACCCCGCCUCCGAUGAAGGCUGGAGGUUGGCGGGCAGAGCCUGGAGAUGCCUUCCUCAGGCGGUCCCAGGAGGCUGUUCAUCCCUAUCGCAACUACACUCGGAAAGUCGCCGACUAAAGAAAAGCAUUCGAUCGGAGCUCUUUCUAGUCUUCUGCUAUGUUAUCUUUCCUUCUCGUGUGAAACAACUGAAUAAAAGUGGUGUGUUGUCUCUGUGGUUUCUGUUUGGUUUGUGUCUGGUUUCGGGGUUAUAUUAUGAAGUUUAGUGUGGGAGUCGCGCCUUUUUAUGUUUAGGGUAUUGUCGCCUGAGGUUUUCGAGUGACGUUCGCGUGCUUACCUAGUAACACUCUGAUGUUGAUGUUAGGCAACAUGGAAGUUAUUCGGAUUUAUAACGAAUAGGGGAUUUGGUAUCUUUGUCUUCCUGUG